GUGUGCACGCAGUAAAAGCUAUAUAUAUAUAUAUAUACAUCGCCAUCGAGGCAGAUGCCAGCAGUGUACACUGUCUUCAAACUCCGGAUCCUCUAGCCUUUCUGUGAGGGCAAGAAGCGAGCGACAAUGGCGUUCAUUGCUGCUCUUGCCACUGUACUUUGCUUCAACCAGGUGUUGUCCAAGGACUUCCCGAAACCAGAGAACUGUGACGUUCCGGAGAAAGCCCAGCUAGAAGAGAAGCUGGACCAACUCUUCAGGAACCUUCCCGAGGAAUACCUGGUCGACGGCUUUAGGACGGAACUGUAUCCCGGUGCCAUUUUUCUGGAGGCUGGCACCGUCUCACGCCUGGACGAGUUCAGGCCCGACAGACCCUACGAAACAUUCUGCCGGGGUAAUGACACGGUCACUCUGUUCAGCAUCUACUCGAAGUACCCGAUUCACAUGACGAUUCCCUGGAGACUUUGUUCGAGCCAUAACGGGACCAUCGUCACUUCCGUCGAUCGCGUUCGGUACGAAGGAGAACUGGUCAUGACGAAGACACAGGCUGGCACGCAGUCGAAGAUAACAAACUUAAUGCCGGUCGUGAUGGAGAACAUCAAGGUGGAAAUGACGGGCGCCGGAGAAACCAUGCACAUCAUUGCGCAAAUGAUAGGAGAUAUUGUCUCUCGGCCCGUUAGAGUUUUGUGGACCAUGGUGGUUACUUCCACUUUUGAGAAGACGUUGGACAAAACUUUGGAGACCUUAAAUUAAGGCUGUGCCCUGCACAUUUUAAUAUGUAUGAAAUGCAUUAAAGACUACAGGAAAACCUU